CUUUUUUAUUGGGGGAAAUGACGAAAUCCAUGUGAGGAAAUAAUAAGAAAAUCGAAAACCCCGCAGAGAGAGAGAGAGAGAGGGAGAGGGGAGAGAUGCUAGCGAAGGAACCGAGUGGCUCCAACUUCGACCUUCCCGAGGAGGUGUUGGAAAUCCUGCCGUCAGAUCCUUUCGAGCAGCUCGAUGUGGCCCGCAAAAUCACCUCCAUUGCCCUUUCCACACGCGUCUCCGCUCUCGAAUCUGAGUCCUCCUCCCUCCGCUCCCAACUCGCCGACAAGGACCAGCUCAUCGCCCAACUCCAGGCCCAGGUUGAGUCCCUCGACGCCUCCCUCUCCGAUUCCACCGAUAAACUCGCUCUCGCUGACAAGGAAAAGGAGAGCUUGCUAAAACAGAACGCUUCGCUGUCCAGCACCGUGAAGAGGCUUAACCGAGAUGUCUCCAAGUUGGAGGUCUUCAAGAAGACACUCAUGCAAUCGCUUCAAGAGGAUGAUGACAAUUCUGCAGGGGCUCCAGAGGUUGCUGCUAAGAUACAAAGCCAGUCAAGUAUUUCUUCAGCAUCGCAGACUGGAGAUGAUGAUGCUGCAGUUUCAUAUUCUAGAUACUCUUCAUUCCGCAGUCAGAUGUCUGAAAUAGGAAAUUCACAAGCAGAGGAAAGUGAGCCUGAUGCAUCAAGACCUCGCAUAUCACAUGGCUUCCUGUUAGCAUCCCAAACUGUCACACCCCGGCUUACUCCUUCAGGUUCUCCUCCGAGCCUAUCUGCAUCGGUGUCCCCGACAAGAACAUCUUUACCUGUGUCCCCGAGGCGACAUUCAAUUUCAUUUGCUGGAUCAAGAGGAAUGUUUGAUGACAGGUCUUCAGCGUAUUCUUCUAUGCACUCAAGCCCUCAUGGCUCCUUGUCAGGCUCUGACACAGGUUUGCAAAGUGGACGAACACGGGUUGAUGGGAAAGAAUUCUUCCGCCAAGUCAGGAGCCGUCUGUCUUAUGAGCAGUUUGGUGCCUUUCUAGCAAAUGUUAAGGAGUUGAAUUCCCACAAGCAAACAAAAGAGGAGACUCUACGGAAGGCCGAUGAGAUUUUUGGCCCAGAGAACAGGGACCUAUAUACGAUAUUCGAGGGACUGAUCACUCGCAAUGUUCACUGAUAUUGCAUAGCCGGGACUGUGAUAACAAUUUGUUAGCAUUGUGUUUAUUUCUAUAGAGUUUCUUGAGCAGUUCCCACCAUACAUUAGAUAGACUCUAGUGCAAAGUGUAAUGAAACUAUUCUUUAAACUCCUGUUCAAUUUGAUAUCAGGUUUUGAA